UUAUUAUUUUCUAUAUUUAGCUAACUCAGUGUUUCACAACCUCUUGAACCAUGGCACAUAUAAAAUUGAACGCCUUUUAAAACCAUAUUUAAGUUCUGAAAAUGCUGCAUCCAUGCUUAUAUCAAGCUAAUGUUAGCUAACUAUAUUAGCUACUAUGCUAGCCAACAAGCACUUAGGCCGGUCAAAGUUUGACGUUGUAUACGGGCCAUCCCAACUCGUUGUUUUUCACAUUUCACAUUUGUAGUUUUUAAAGCCAAAAACAAAGACAUUUUGCUCCUUGAGGCACAUGAUGAUGAUGAUGAUGAUGAUGAUGAAGGCCGUCUGAUACGAGAGGUAAGCUAGGUAGGUAGAGUGGUAGAGAGGGAGGACUGAUUGACAGGGUCGUCAUCCAAUUCAGUACAACAUCAUUCCCAUAUUUUUUAUUCAUAUUUAUUUUAUAUUUCUUAUUAACACUUCAAGACAUUCAAGUCAUCGUGUCUCCAGUCGAGUCUUAACCAUGCAGGUCCAAGUCCAGCCUCAAGUUUUUUUUAUUUUUUGUCAAGUCAAAAAUCAUCAAAACCAAUAAUUCUUUAACUGUACAGAAACAAAAUGAUCAGGAAAGAUUACGGCUCUAUGCACAAAAACAGAGUUCUGUCUAAAACGUUCUAUCUAUCUAUCAUUCGAUCUAAAACGAAGACCAAUCUCAUUAAGUCUCCAUGUUCCUCUCACAAGGCACCGAGCUUCUUGAGGGACCAUGUGUCCUUCUUGAACUCCACAGGAGACACUUGAUUAAAUCAUUUUUUAUUUUUUUUAUUUUAUUUUUUUUUUUAAAUGUCCUUCUGCCAAGGACAGUUCAGACCCGUCUGAAUCAUAAGCUUAAGUUUGAAAUUCAAUCAGCCUCUGGUGAAUCUUUUAUGCGUUGACAUUAACUUUAUAGUCACAUUUUUUUUCACUCUUUAUCCUUAGAUACUCCCUCUGGAGUUUAACAUUGAAAUCUCAUCACAGAAUAGGCGGCCUUCUUACUUCUUGAUCCAUUAUGACAGAAACUCUGCAGAGCUGAAGCUUCACAGCAAAAUGCCCGAUGUCAUUUAACUACAUUAGAUGUCCUUUGUCUCUCAGAUAUGUCGUUCUCCGGCCUUUGUCAACUGUCAUUCUGUUUUACUCUGUGCAGAAGCACAUCUGUUUUUGAAGCUCUAAUUUGUACCAAAGCCUUCAGAAAGAAUAACCAUUAACAGAGAAAGAAAGAAAGAAGAGGGCAACGUGCUUGUAGACAAGACAGAGUACAUGAAAGAGGAUCUACGUCCUAACAGCAGGGUGACAAUACUCCAAAGAUCGUAGGUCAUUCAGCCGCAGAUAUUUUUUGUGAAACCUGACCUGCCUGCAUAGACAGUUCUGGGUCCUACCAGCAUGGUGGGGUGGUGUAACAGACCCAUGCCGCCCCCCUCCCUUUUUUUUUUUUUUUUAGCCAAUCUCAUAACUCGCAGCCGGCAAACAACCCCCUCCUCACGGACUCACAUGGCGACUGUGUCUCUGCUGGGUGGGGCUGGAACUGGGGUCUUCUGUAAACGAAAAUUCGCGGCGGCUCGACGUGUCGGAUUGUGAAAACACAACAAACAAUGGACAGGGAACUGAGUCUGAACAGAGCAGAGACGUUCUCCUUCGUCAACCCCUGGAUCAGAUAUUUUCUCUUCUUCUUCAGCUUCUUGUUUUGGGUUUUCUCCUUGUUGAUAAUCGCAAUCGGGGUGUAUGCUAAAAUCCAGAAAGCUACAGACACGGUGCGGGACACGUUCCUGAUCGACCCGGCUGUCAUCCUAAUUGUGGUGGGGGUGGUCAUGUUCUUCAUCACUUUCUGUGGCUGUAUCGGAGCCCUCAGAGAGAACAUUCGCCUCCUCAAGACAUUCUCCUUCAGCCUGACACUGGUCUUCCUCACCCAGCUGGCCAUAGCAAUUCUGGGCUUCUUCUACUCUGACCAGACACGAGAUGCUUUUGGGAAGUUUGUGAAGAAAGCCAUUGUGCACUACAGGGAUGACCUGGAUCUGCAGAACCUGAUGGAUUACAUCCAGAAAGAGUUCCAGUGUUGUGGCUGGAACAACUACACGGACUGGUCUUGGAAUCUCUACUUUAAUUGCACACAUGAGAACCCCAGCUCGGAGCGCUGUGCCGUGCCUUACUCCUGCUGCACUCCUGUUCCUGGAGAGGUGGUGAUCAACACCAUGUGCGGUUUUGGGGUCCAAGCCCAAAAGUACCAGGAGGCAAACAAGUCAAUCUACCCAGUAGGCUGUGCAGACAGAGCAGUGCUGUGGAUCGAAACUCAUCUGUUGCUGGUCGGGGCUCUCGCCCUGGGUCUGGCCUUGCCUCAGCGCCGAGCGUGCGUGACGACACCCUUCGAGGGACCUUGAGAUGUUCGGCACAGGCUGUACAGUUACAGGGCGUCUGUUCCUUAAUCUAAAGUGGCUGCCGCUGUCCUCUAGAUUGCAGGCAUCGUGCUGUCCCAGAUCCUGAUCUCUCAGAUCCAAGAUGAGAUUACCUCGGUGUUUUGAGAGCGCGCCGACGCGGGGGAGAAAAAGAGCAGCACUUCACGGGAGUCCACCGACACGGGCAAGGACAUCUCUUGUUUCGCAGCCGCAUCUUUGCAAAGUUAGAGUGCAGAUCUUAAGUGGUCGCCCACAUAAAAAAAUGGCAUAAAGUGUAUUUAUUGGUUUUUAAACAUGGUUUUUGUAUUGACAUUGAUUCUGAGAGUAUUUUUCAUUUAAAUGUGUUAAUAAAAUUCAGUUAAAACUAA